GAGCAAGGUGCAAAAAACAGAGCCAUCCUUGUGCUGGCACAUGUAUAUAAGGGAUGGGGCUGCUGGGAGCCGCCUGCCUUCUGCAAGCAGUGGGGAGCUGCAGCCGGGUCGUGAGCAGGACUUUGUGAUUUCUUCCUCCCUUGCCCACUGCACAAAUGAAGACAAGCCAUGAUGGAGCCAAGCCAUCCAAAUCCCACACCAUCAAAGCCAAAGAGCUGAUUCUCUCCAGGAAUGGGGACCACCAUGAAAAACAGCCCACUCAAAUGACAUCAAGAUGGACCCAUCCUAAGAGCCAUGAAGGAAACCCAGUGCCAUCCCAGGCAGAUGACAUCUUGCCUGAUCAGACGGAAGCUCAGAUGUCAGAUGUCUGUAAUGGCAACGUUAGCCUGGGAGAUGUUUCUAAAGAGAUCAACCUCAAUAGCUCAGAGAAAAUCCCCAACCAGGACAGCAGUGCAAAGAGGAACAAGGACGGAGUAUUAAAGAAAGUCUCAAAAGUGAGAGAUGAGCCAAAGGAUUCCCCAUCCAAGGAUGUUUUCUUGUUUUGGGCCAACAAAGUUAACAACAGCAGUAAAGUGAACACCUUCCCAAAGAUACUGCAGAAGUCAUUUGUGACUGCAGGAAACUCCUCUCCAUCUCUCCUUCCCCAGGAAAGACUCAGCUUAGAAGAAAAGAAUCAGACUGAAAAACCCCAAAGAAAGACCAGAAGAGAUCUCUUCUCUGACACUAAAGUGUUCAGCCAUAUAGACACUCAUGUCCUCCAUGUGAGCCAGCAGCUGAAAUCGGGGCACAUCAGGAUGUCGGUCCAGGCCAUCGUUCCCCUGAUCACAGCCAAAUCCCAGAGCAAACUGGAGAUGCUGCGGGCCAUAUGGUUCUGGCUCUGCCAUAACAUCGAAUAUGAUGUGGAUGGCUUCCUGGGGCUCUCUCAGAAGAUCCACACACCAGAGCAGGUCCUGCAGACGGGGAGAGCUGUGUGUUCUGGCUAUGCUCAUUUAUGCUGGGAAAUGUGCAGGGAGGCAGGUCUGAGCAGCGUGGAGAUCCCAGGGUUCGGCCGAGGUCCAUGCACCCAUGGAGGUCAGCAAUGCCAGCAGCAGAAGAGCAGCCACAUGUGGAAUGCAGUGCAGCUGGAAGGACAGUGGUGGCUGCUGGAUGCCUGCUGGGGUGCGGGCACUGUGGACACAGAGAGCAGGUUGUUCGUGCCCAGACACGAUGAUUUCUUCUUCCUCACUGACCCUGAGCACUUCAUAGAGACCCACUGGCCGGAGGACCCCACUUGGCAGCUCCUGCAGCCCCCCAUCUCACGGGAGGACUUUGAGCAGAGAGUGUUUAAAACGUCAGAAUUUUUCAGACUUCAGCUCUGCCUCCUCUCUCCAAACACUUCCCUCCUCAGAACAGCCCAUGGAGAGGCAUCAGUGACAUUGGGGAGCACUCAUCCAACUGAGUUCACCUACCAGCUCUCCAAACUCCAGGGCACUGUGACCAGAGAGGAUGUAGGAACUGCUCACGGGAUGAUGACGGUGUCUGAGAACAGCGUGACUAUCAAGGUGAUUCCACCAACCAAGGGGCUGUUUGACCUCAUGAUCUUUGCACGUCAUGCCGACUCUCUGGACACUUACAACUGGGUGUGCUCCUAUCAGAUCCUAUGCCUGGAGCCACGCACUGGGGAGGAACUGCCUGAAAACCCUUUUCAUUUCUGGGGCCUUCACCAAAAGGUGAGAGAUUUUGGCAUUGAGGAAAGCAGCUACAAAGGGGAGCUGCUUGUUGCUCCACAGGGGACUUUGCUCUUGACUUUCCGGACAUCCCGACCCCUGCUUGCCAGCUAUGAGCUGGUGAAUAAAGAUUUAGAUUCCACUCUGAGCAAGAAAUGUCUGGCCGCUCAAGCUGAGGACAAGAAACUGAGUUGCCACGUACUCUGCCCAUUCCAGGGUUACUACCGUCUCUCCGUGUUUGUAAAAGAUUUAGGAGGUACCUCCUUCAGGAACACAGCCAAUUUCCUCAUUCGUUGCUUAGGACCUAUCAACCAGAACGAGCUCUUCCCCUUGGGGCUGAGCAUGCACUGUGGGAGUGGGAUCAGCUCCAGUGGCUGCGGCCUCUCCAACCCCAGCCACUCCGACCCCAUCAUCACCACCAAGAUGGGCAAGUGCAACAUCACCUUCCAUGCACGGGCUGAUGUUGAGGUGGCCGCCAGCUUGAGCAAAGACAAAGUCAAUAACACUGAGUACCCCCUAGAGAGGUACGUGCUGGUUACCCACCUGAAGUCCAAAGUCAGCGUGUGCAUCGUGCUCCCUGAGCCGGGCAUGUACAAAGUGGGGCUUUACGGGAGAAACAAAGACCACAAGGAGUUUGUUCAUAUUUGUGACUACAUCGUGCGCUGUUUCUCAGAGCUGUGCUGGCCUCCUUUCCCCAAGGUCUACAGCUCAUGGAGGAGAGGUUGCGUGCUGCUGGAGCCACGUACGGGCCUCCUCCAGGAGCAGAGCUGGGUCCAUUUCAGAGUGAAAUUGCCAAAAGCCCACAAGGCUGUUGUCCUUGGGGAAGAGAAGACGGUGCUACAGCUGAACCCCAGCUCUGUUUGGGAAGGGGAGGUGUUCAGUGGGUCAGAAGGGAUGCGGGUCCGACUGGCUGCCAGCUUCAGCCCGUGCUGCUCCUCCAUGGAGGUCCUGCUGGAAUUUGAGGUGGGAUGUAGCCCACCUGCCUCCUCGGGGCUCUCAGGGUAAGCUGGGUGCUCCGCAAAGCGUGUAGAAAGCCAAGGGAGGAAGCAGAAGCUCUUAAAACUGAUGGACGUCGAGACAAGGACAGAACUCCCAGAAUGUUAUGGCACAUCAUGGGGAGUCGGGGUGUCACACGCAGAGCUCCUCUUCCCGCAGGAUAUCCAGAUACUUGCUGGGGCCUCCCAUCCCUCUUAGAGACCUUACUGCCACGUAAAUCAGGACCAACAUAUGGAAGGCUCCUAAUAUUUUGCUUCUGUCAGAGGAAACCAUUGUUCAGCUUCUCUACAGGAAGGAUGUCUCGCUGCUUAUUACCAGCUUGAAUAAUCGUUUGGAAUGCUUCGUUUGACAUUUAUUCAGGAACUUGGAAACCACACGGUUUCUUUCUCUGGAGAGGAUGACAACAACAACAAUUAAUGAAAAAAAAAAAAAAAAAAAAAAAAAAAAAGCCCACACCAGAGCCAACAGCAUCAAAAAAUGUAAAUAUAUAGUAAAGAAAGGAGGACCUCCUUGCAGAGGAAAUCUGUGCUUGGGCAGAGGAGAGAGGAAAGGAAGGAAGGACAUACUGUAUUUUAUCAACCAUCUCUUCAAAAUAUCUUUCAGGUUUUCGUUAUCAAUGCUGACAAGUAGAUAUGCUCUUAAGAGCACCAAGGGCUUGAAAUUAAGAGAGGGAAGAGGCAAGGAAGAUAAUCCGCAGCCAAAGCUUCUAACUGCAGAGUGGAAAGCACAGACAAUUGCUCUUAGAUUCUGGCAUUAUAAACAGGUCAUGGGCAGGGUCCUCACAGCAUCCAGGGGAACACAUUUUCGUUGUCUGAAGAAAACAUGCUAUAAGAGUCUAAAGUAAAAGGCAGGAAAAGCAAUUACAUCAUCCAGUGCUUAGAAAUGGUGCUACUGUCGAGAUAAAUUUAGAGGCCACAGGCUGGAAAAUAUGCUGUAGAAAUACUUCUCCAUGCUUGCAAUGGGGUUUCUGGCUGCAAUAACAAAGAACUGCUGGUUAAUUUUGGAUGCUGCACAAUAGAUGAGGAAGGGAGACUGUUUUCUUCAAGUCCAGCAAUUUAAAUUUGACUUGUAGCAAAAGCUGAAAGAGAUCUGAACCUGGAAGCCAGGCAGCACAGCUGAUGUGCCAGAAUCUGCAUUUCAUAGCAAACUUGCUGGAACCACGCUGAUGUGUUGGAAGAUUCCUUGGAAGAGCAAAGUCCAAGGGUUGCUCUGAACAAAGGGAAGCACCUGCAAUGGUAGGUACAGGAGAAAUGCUUGCCUGCAUCUCUAAAGAGCAAUGUAAGAAGCACAGAUCACCCUCUUCUCAGCUGUAGUGUUGCAGCUCCCUGUUAUGAGCUCGUCAGGGCUCUCCAACCUGUACAUUGCCCACGGAUAGCACUGCUUGUGAAAUUAUACCUGCAGAACCAGAAAACUCUCUAAGACUGCUGCUUUUUCUUUAUUUUGUGGAAGAAUUUUGGCACAGCAUACCAAAAUGGUCGACAAGAGAAAUGACUCUCAGUCCCCACUGCCAUCUUCCCCUCCAGGGAGAACUCAGCUUUAAUUAAUUCCUCUUAAUCCAUCAUAACGAGGUCCGGGUUAGAGUUACCUUGAUUUGGGGUCCAAACGAGUUAUGUCAGCAUAUAAUUACCAGAGGUGCUGAGAAUUUUAACCAUACUCCCACGGGGGAUUUUUUUCACUUCAAGGAUCUGAAGUCAAUCCUCUUACAUUUCCUUUCUAUGCACGCUUGGGUACAGCAUGCAACCCAUCUUAAAUGUCACUCUGAUUUAGGUGUACGUACCUCAAAGCCCACACCCCCAGCUCUGAGUGCCUUUGCAAUAAGCACCAGCAGCCUCUCCAACAAUAACAGCCCUGGAGCAAGCAUCACUCAUGAAAAAACAAUGGGAAGAGAAAGAACGCUCCUGCAUGUCUCUCCUCCUCUCACUCCCUCUGUCCAUCAGGAUUAAAUGAGGUAAGGAUGGAUUACAACACAUACCUGCAGCUACAAAACAUGCCUAGCUCUGAGCUAACUUGGUUCAGAAAGUCACUGGGAGGCCUCCAGGUGUGCAUGGAGCUGUGGACAGCAUGAAGACAAACAGAAGGGCUGUGCUCAGCUCUACCAGCACACCAAGAGGAUCCUGCACAGCCAAAGUCAAAAGAAGGUAAUACAAGGAUGAGCUGAAUCUGAAACCUCCAUGCCAAAAAAUGCUAACCUCUAUGGAGUCGUGAGAUGUCAACCAAAUGUGGUAUCCAAUCUCUUUGCCUUUACACAAUUCCCUGUGCCUCAUCUGUGUUAAACUGGUCAACAGGGUGAACCACAUGAUGACUCGUUUAGUUCAUCCCAUGAGGCUGUAACAGUUGAGGUGCCCAUACAUUGUGUGUGUUCUUCAGCUUCUUGUGCUGCUCUUGCAGCUUCCAUAGCAAGAGUAGGGCCAGUCUGCAAUAGGAUAACCACACUGGGAUAGGAAGUGAUGACUUCAGAAUCAUACUUGUUGGAAAAGACCACUAGGACCCCAGCUCAGCCCACCAUGCCCACUGACCACAUCCCUCUGUGCCCACAUGUUCAUGGCUCUGGAACCCAGGGAUGGUGACUCCAUCACUCCCUGUGCAGCUGUGCCAGUGUCUGACCACUCUUUUGGAGAAGAAAUAUUUCCUAAUAUCCAACCUGACCCUCUCAUGGCACAACUUAAAGGGAGGAGGAGGUGAUGAGCAGAGCUUUUUGCAGGCAUCAGGACAGAGGACUUGCAGAGAUGGAGACUGAUGGGAAAGCUGCAAAUAGCAUUUCUAUAACGGUAGAGAUUAGCUCCCGGGCAGGCUAAGCACCACGCAAACACAUCUCCCAAAUCCCACAUUAUUAAGGAUUUAAGCUACCAACCCAUUCUACCAAGCUGUCCAACCAUGGGCACCCUGUUAGCAUUUUCAUGACAGCAGCCAAAGAUGUUCCACCUCCAGGGCUGUGAAAACAAACAGCCACGGGACACGAGCAGGACAAGAACAAAGGAGAGAAGGAACAGUUUCUCAUUGUACCAAAGAGCUGAACCCUUGAACAGACUCACUGAGAGCACUGGAGUGAUGCUAAAACCAUGACAUCAUAUUUCCAACACUUUUACUUGCUGUACCAAAGUCUUCAUUGUUGUGUCUCUGCUGCUUUACAGCCUUGGGAACACUGCGUACUCAGUCUAUAUAUAAGGAAAAGACCUCUGCUAUCAGCAAUUCUGCUUACCAUAAAUAAAAGCACGGUAACCAAGGUUACUCAGGUUUUGCUCUUGUCAUUUUUGUUCCCAGAGAAAGCAAUGUUCUCCCUCCUGCAUACGGUGGUGCAUUGACAGCAGCCUUCCCAUGGAGGAUGGAUUUAGGCUCCUUUUGGUGGUACCCACUGACGGGACAAGGGGCAUCAACUGGAACCCAAGAAGUUCCACCUGAGGAGUUCUGAGCUGAACUGCAUUUGAGGUUGCAUAGGGCUGUGAGCAACCUGGUCUAGAAGGAGGUGUCCCUGCCCAUAGCAGAGUGGUUGGAACUAAGUGAUCUUAAACGUCCCUUCCAACCCAAACCAUUCUAUGAUUCAGUGACUGCACAAAGGAUACACGUUGGUUUCUUGUUGUUUGGCACUCAGUCCCCCAUGUCUCACAUUAUUCUGAUGACUCUAGCUAUCACCAUGCUUCCUUUCUUCUCCUGUGCCCACCCUGUUCCCCCACACUGCCCACAGCAUCCCAUCCCAGGCUCAAUCCUUCUCUUUGACCUCUCUGCGAGCCCAAUGUGUUCCCAGGAAAGCUUAUUGUUAGAAGCUGCUCCCACCUAUCUUAACCAAAUAAACAGCCGCCAGCGGAAGGGACACCCUUCCCAAACCAAGUCAAUUUCAUAACAGCUGUAUUCUAUUCACUGUGCAGCAGUGAUUUUAAUCUGCAGCACAGACCCAGAGUGGGCAGUGGUCCCUUCCCAGCUCCCCUUGCCUAUUGUAGGGAAAUCUCCCCCUAAAGUUAUUUCUCUGUUCUUGCAGCCAGAGAGAGAAGACAUCUCCCAUAUCAACCCUGCUCCACCAUAACCACUAUGGCAAGGGACAAGACCUCAAGUAGGGGGACAAAGCAGCCUUUGGGCAAAUCAAUUUGGUUAGGGGGUGGAAAAAUACAUCACUGAACAUGAGAAAGCUGGAGCCAGCUCUCCUGCAUCCCUGCCCUGGGCUGGAUCACCAGUUGGAGGCACAAGAGGACACGAAAAUGCUUUAACUAGAUGAUCUUUAAGGUCCCUUCCCAAUCUAAGCUAUUCUACACUGACUAAAGGGCUGCUGGGUGGUGAGACACUGAACAGGCUGCCCAGUGAGGCUGUGGAUGUUCCAUCCCUGAAGGUGUUCAAGGCCAGGCUGGAUGGGGCUUUGAGCAACCUGGUCUAGUGGGAGGUGUCCCUGCAUAUAGCAGGGUGUUGGAACUGGAUCAUCUUAAAGGUCCCAUCCAACCCAAACCAUUCUAUGGUUAAUUCUAUGACUUGGCUUUCUGCUUUCCUUCAUCUCCUUCCCAUAAACUAAGUGGAAGCCUUCCAUUCCCUCCACAGCACCUUCUCACCUGUAAGCACUGAUGUAGAUGUGCCUUAGGAAGAUGCAUGUCAUUCUGGCAGUACAUUCAGGACAGAAUACACUGAACUGGGGCAGGUCACCUCUGACAGCACAAGGCAUAAGGGAGGCACCUUCAUUUGUAAUCCCCUCUUUGUGUUUUUCUUCGUGCCAACAGAGAGAAGGGAUAUGUCUGCUGGUACAGGAUGAACCUCAGCCUUUAUCUCAAGAGGUUCCAUGGGGAAAUACAACAAAAUCCUCUAUUGUUAUGCAGGAAACACAUCUUUCAAUAGCUUUCGGCAUCAAACCUGUCUCUGGGACCUUCCCUGUCUGCUGCUGACAUCCCCUCUGACCUCGAGGACGGCGCUUCCUCCCCAUCUCUCCACAUUGCAGUGAUGUUUUGGAGCAUCAGCAAACAGCAUGCACGAAGCCUCCGGGCCCUACGCUGGGUUAGGGCAGAAGCAGCUCCAAGAAAGACAAGAUAAAGAGUUAAAGCAAAGCAAAAGCAUUGGAAGAAAAACGGUUAUGUAAUAAAUCAUAGAUUAGAAGGCAGGAAGGUGUGCUAUAUAGAGGAAUCAAAGUCCGGAACAGGAUGUAUAUAAAGCAAAUAUUGAACUAACUUUGAUAACAGAGAAAAAUAGAAGAUUUUUGGUGGGGUGAACCGAAGGCUCAGUUUUAACUACUAUAAAUUUCCUGUUUUACUCGUGUCGGGUGGUUUUUAACAGUGAUCUAUACAAUACAUUGUGUGCCUAAUGAUUUCCUAGCCAUGAAUGGGUCACUCAGAUUUUACUUUCCAUGUUCUCUAUUUUUUCUGUCUCUCCAAUAGCAAUCAUGCUAUUGAAAUCUUCCAGGCCUUGCCCAUUGGGUGUUUUCUUUCCUACCAAGACAUCAAAACUAGCAUGAAGGCUUUUUUUUUUUUUUAAAGCAAAUUCAAUAGAAGGGAUCACACAAGCACCUUGUUGGAAGCGUACAAUGGGAGCCUAACCCAGGGCUAUUCAAUUAACAAGUGCUCCAUUUUCAUGCAAUUCCUGUUGUGAAUUCAUUACUUUAAUCGGGCUGGUGAAUGGCGAAGCUAACACGGCACCAUUUGUCUGCAGACACGUAGGCUAAGAAAUUCCACAUCACAGAAUUGCCUGGGAUGGAAGGGACCUCAAGGAUUAUCAAUGCUCCAACCUCCGCUGCAGGCAACAGAAGCCAAGGAUAUGGUUUCAAGAUCAGUUAUGAAGGCAAGGAAAGGAACAGGAUUUAGCUCUUGCACGUGGGUAUGUGCAACUAUCAACUUACAGUUAAGCAGAGUUAGUUGAAGGACUGAAACAGCAAGCGUGAAGCCAAACAACAUCCCUCCUCCGACCCAUCUUUGUUUUUUACCGCAUUAGAAGUCCAUGUAAGAAGGUCUAAAAGAACAGCUUAAAAGCAAAACACAACAAUUUUGUUAAAUCUAGAGAUUUUUGUUGACUAUGAACCCAUCACCGUCCCGAUCUUCUACUAUCCUCUUCACUUUUAGCUUAGAAAAGCAAUAAAGUUUUUAAAGGAAACUCCAACGAUCAGAAAUCCAAGCUGAGGAAAUAAUGAGCUUAAUUGAAGGAGCCAACCAGACAACAGCAGAUGGAUACAGUUUAUUGGUUCUUUCCAUCACAUCUGAGUUACGGGUGUAAAAGUCACACAAACCGCAGGUAUAAACAUGUAAAACAAUACAAAAAUAAAUGGAAAGGUAAUUUCAUAUUUACUGAAUCAAGUUGUGUAAUAAAUACAGUAAGCAAACAAAGCUUCACUCACACCCAUUCAGUUUAACUGAAGUUACAGUAGUGUUUGGAAAUGCACGUUUUUUUUUUCGCUUAACGUUGCAAGUAUUAAAGCAUUGACAACUAGUAUAAAAGUGAAUUUUGGCACGUUGAACAAGUGAGAAGUGUUAAAUCAGCAUCGGGCUCGUGUAAAAACGGAGCAGUUUCUCACUAGCUUUCUGAGGUACGUUUGCAAACCAUCUAAAAUUAGAUCAGCAAUGUAGUUCUAACGACUCACAGUUCGCAAUUCACUAUACUAGUUACAAUUCUUCCCUUUUAAGAAUACACAAUGUAUUCCAGAGCUUAAAUCUGUGCAAAUUCUGAACAAUUUUAAUUAAAAAACAAUAAUAACUAAAAAAAAAA